GUCGAUUCGGAAGAAGAAAAAUUACCAGAGGAAAAAUUUGUUGAUGAACUGUCCAAAACUCUUCCUCAAGGAACGGAUAAAACGCCGGAAAUUUUGGAUUCAGCUUUGAAGGACCUUCCGGAUAGGUGGAAGAAUUAUGUUAUUCGUGGUAUCUUUACAUGGAUAAUGAUAUGCGGGUUUGCACUUAUCAUAUACGGUGGGCCUUUGGCACUUAUGAUUACGACGCUGCUUGUGCAGGUAAAAUGUUUCCAAGAGAUCAUUUCCAUUGGCUAUCAGGUCUAUCGCAUACAUGGCUUACCCUGGUUCCGCAGUUUGUCCUGGUAUUUCCUGUUGACAUCCAACUAUUUCUUCUAUGGUGAAAAUUUGGUCGACUAUUUUGGCGUAGUCAUUAACCGUGUGGAAUAUUUGAAGUUUCUGGUGACCUAUCAUCGCUUUCUGUCGUUUGCAUUGUAUUGCAUCGGUUUUGUCUGGUUUGUGCUGUCGCUGGUGAAAAAGUAUUAUAUGAAACAGUUUAGUCUGUUUGCUUGGACACAUGUCUCGCUACUGAUUGUGGUCACCCAAAGCUACUUGAUUAUCCAAAAUAUUUUUGAAGGUCUCAUUUGGUUUAUUGUUCCUGUAUCGAUGAUUGUUUGCAACGAUGUAAUGGCGUACUUGUUUGGCUUCUUUUUCGGUCGUACUCCGCUAAUUAAAUUAAGCCCGAAAAAGACAUGGGAAGGUUUUAUUGGCGGCGGCUUCGCCACAGUUAUCUUUGGCAUCCUUUUCUCAUAUAUCCUUUGCCAUUAUCAAUAUUUUGUUUGUCCUAUACUAUAUUCUGAGGAGUUGGGACGAAUGACAAUGGCCUGUGAACCGAGUUAUUUGUUUACAAAACAAGACUACAGCCUGAGUGUGUUUGGCAUCGGCAAAUACAUCAGUAUGUAUCCAUUUGUAUGGCAUUCAAUUUCCUUAAGUUUAUUCAGCUCGAUUAUUGGGCCUUUUGGAGGUUUCUUUGCUUCCGGUUUUAAACGUGCAUUUAAGAUAAAGGAUUUUGGUGAUAUGAUACCUGGACAUGGUGGCAUUAUGGACCGUUUCGAUUGUCAGUUUUUAAUGGCAACAUUUGUUAAUGUUUACAUUUCUAGUUUUAUCAGAACACCAGCUCCAUCCAAAAUUUUGACACAGAUUUACAACUUGAGACCUGAACAGCAAUUGCAAAUUUACCAGUCACUCAAAGAAAGUCUUGGGGACUUAAUUACAACUUAAAAAGUUUCCAGAAACUAUUAAAUCUAAGCGUACUAUACAGACAAAACGACUGCGGAUACGAAUACUACAUAUUUGUUUUAAACAUUAUAAGUAAUAAUUUAACUUGUUUGUUUAUUUUUAUUGUAAAAUUGGAAUUUGUUGUUGAUACUAGGUCUUCAUCUUAGCUUUGUAACAAAAAUAGAACAUCGAUCUCCGCUGUUUGUUAAUGCAGACUAUGUAGGCGGGCAAAUACAUAAUUAUUGCAUAGCCAUAAAAGAUCAAUCAAUGACUAGCAGAUUCAUCAAUUACAUGUGGAUCUUUGUGCAAAAGUUAAAUGCAAAACCUUUAAAUGAUUCCAUAUAGCAUGAAAACGAAAACAGGAGCAAUAUUGUGAAUUUUUGUUUAGCUGAUUGCUUCACUGGAAAACGAAAAGAAUCUUUCUGAGGAGACAAAGAAAUAACUUGAAUUGUGUCAUUCCUUCUCUUUCUCUCCAAUUAAAAAAUAGUUAAAUUCAUAUUAAUAAUCAAAUAUCAAAUUUAAUUUAUAAUAUUUUUUAAUACAAAUAGGAAGUUCACAAGGUGUUGUAUACUGUCGUAAACUUCAAACGGCUAAAAAUAUGUGACGCACGUUCAGUACCAUAAAAGUCAUACUUAUUACGAAUUUUCACAGCUUUAAAAAAUAGUUGGUUGUGGUUUCAAGUCCUCUUAACAUUUAUUUAAGCGUUUAAAGUGUACGACAUGCAACAAUGCGACAGUAUACCACCCCUUGUGAACUCCCUAAAUAUUCUCCUUUUACUAUUACUGUAAACUAAAUGUAUGUACAUAAAUACACUACCAUUUUUACCAAACUAUCAAAUUUUCAGAUUAUCAGAUUAUGCCACAUACACAAUUUUAAAAGUAUAAUUGGGGUUCAGUUAGUCUUUCAUCAUUUCGCUCUUGUUGUCGUAAUGGCAAAAUCUAUUCCCAAAAAAAGUGCUAGUGAAAUCAUUCAGUUCGCUGGAAGAAAUUUUUGCGUAAAAUUGGUUAAUUUUUUAAGUGAUUAUCUCAGAUGGGGAAAGAAGUUUAAGAAUGAAAUUACUAAAUAAGGCUAGUUUUAAAGUAUUUAAUGGAGAAGGACCGCUUGAAUUAUCUUUUAUUUAUUAUUUAUAUUUUGUCAUUACACUUGUAAACCGUUAAUUUUCGAGUUGAAAAUUAUUAUGUAUAAGGUGACUUAUAUGAAGCUAGUGCAAUACAUAAAACUUACUAAUUAAUACAUUCUUGCAAAGACGUGAGCGAUUAAGAUUAAUGAAGAAAAAAUAGUUUUAGUUUUUUAACUUUAAUAUUUUCGAUAUAAGAGUACAUGUGUUUUUAGUCGGUAUUUUAUUGAAUCAGUUGUUAACGAUCAAACUACAAAUGUAUAAAAAUAUACAUACAUACAUAAAUGCAUCCAUAAUAUUUAAAAAUAAAAUAAAUCUGAUUGUGUAUUACAUAG